AUGGCGCUGUCCACCCCGACCGCCGUGGUGCUGGAGCUGAUGACGAUGGGGCAGCAGUCCGCGUUGCACCUCGGGGAGCUGCUCAUGGCGGCAUCGCCGCCCAAGGAGGCAGAGCGCGGCCUGGCGCUCACCGCGGAGAUCCUCCGCUACUGCGACCGUGUCAUCGCAGCGAUCAGCGGGGGCGCCGCCGGCAGGAAGAGGAAGGCGACCAUGGAGCACGGCGUUCUGAUGCCGUCCAAAAGAAGGGCGCGUGGUGCGGAGGCGAGUCGGGAGGUCCGGAGCGGGACGACGGCGGACGGGUUCGUGUGGAGGAAGUACGGGCAGAAGGACAUAAACGGAAGCACCCAUCCGAGGUUCUACUACCGCUGCGCGUACAGCGCCGAGGGCUGCGGCGCGACUCGCCGGGUUCAGCAGUCGCAGGAGGAGCCCGCGGCGUUCGUCAUCGCCUACUACGGCGACCACACGUGCGGAGGUGGCGCCGGCGAUGCCUGUCAGCGGGGAGUACCGCCGCUGCGUCCUGCCGUCAUCGACUCAAAUGCUUGCGGAAUGGUCGGUUUCUUUGACCAAUAUCAGAACGUGGAAUCUCCUCAGCCGUUGCUCGCCGCCGAGCAGAGUUGGCGCCAUCACGGCGAGGCUCCCGGUCAGACGUCGCGGGGACGGUGGUCAUCGUCCUCCUCCUCCUCCUCCUCUUCGUCGGAAGCUGAACGUGGCACUUCUCCUGUAUUGGAGUUUCUGGAAGGCAGUCUAGGAGUCGGAUGGGAAUCCGUCGUCAACUACCUUGGUUUCACUGAUCUCCCACAAACUGCUAUGCUGCAGUAG